AUGAAGUAAUAUCAAAAAAGUUUUAUUGGAAAACCUAUAGAUAGAAAUCUAAUUGUUAGAUCUACUCUCAAAUUACCAUAAAUUAGGUAAGAUAUUUCAAAUCAUUAGAGCAUCGGAACUAUGAAUAUUCCUAAUAGGUCAUCAGAACAUAUUCCCAAUUCACGUUUACAUAUGAAAACUAAAACUAGAGAUACUAUUAAAGCAGUUGUUAAGGAACGUCCUCAUUUUAAAUAAUUACCUACAGAUAGAACUAUGCCUACUCUACCAUCGUUAAAUUCUCCAAGGUCUGAAGAUGAGGGAGAAUCAUCACAUAAAAAUUUGUUUUCAAUUAGGAGAACUGUUAUUGAUACUCUCUCAUUACGAUAAUCUCGAAGGACUAGUGUAGAAAAAGAUAGAUUAAAGGAAGAAAAGAAAGAAGAAGAUAGACCUGAUAUACAACAACAUAAUACAGACUAUAAAAUAUCUUAGGAUUAAUAAAUAAUAAAUCAACAAAAUUUAAAAUUAAGCAAAUCACAUGAUUAAUUCAUUUAAAAUCAUGAUAAUUUAGAUGAAGUCUUAGAAGAACCUAUUGAAGAAAUACGACCAAAGAAGGAAUCCUAAUCUAUUAGACCUAAAAAUGAAAGUGUCUCUUCACAAUUCACAUAACUUACUGAUGAAAUACAUUCAGUAUGGGAUAAUGUUGAUUUGUAUUUAAGAGGAAUUCAAUUUGAUNAAAUAAAUGAUCGUUUCUUUAUGGUUAAUAGUGGUAAUCAUUAAGAAUAGAAAUAAUAACUUUCUAAUCCUCCUUCAGGAAGUGUUAUUGCAGAUAAGAUUACAUCAUCUUAUUUUGAUUAUUUCAUUACUGCUCAAUAUGUUACUUAAGGUACAUGUACUCCAACUCAUUAUAGAGUUUUAGAGAAUAAUACAAAUUUUAGUGAAGAAUUAUUUUGGUAAUUAACUUAUUAUCAAUGUUUCAAUUAUUAAAAUUGGACUGGGGCAGUUAGGUAUUUAUUUCAAAUUAUUAUUAUUUAGAGUACCAUCAUGUGUGUAAUAUGCACAUAAAUUAGCAUAUUUAAUAGGAGAUACUUAUUAAGGGAACAUUCAUAAACGAUUGGCACAUCUAUAAUGUUGUCUAUGA